CUGCUUCGUAAAUCUUACACAAAUUGAAGCAAAUCAUUGAAGCAGCGUUGUAGGGUCUUCUUUGUUGUGUUGAUUGUGGAUCCUACUUUCGCACUGCGAGAUUAGAUGUGACUCUUACCAAUACCCCGCUUGCUGGGCGAUACUACCCUUCUUUCAGAAGGACGAGGGAUUGCUGGUGAACGUAAAUGUGGAAGGACAUGAACGAUCCUAUCCAUCUUGAAGAACAUAAGAGGAUACUCGAGUCCUUCAAUUUGAAGGGCCACUACCUCAUUACGCUUGAUAUCUAAUAGUUUCAAUCAUGUCUUCUUCAAUUCCCUCACGUUCCACUUCUGCCCAAGUUCCUCGUCAGCGGAUCAGGGAUUUGCUUCCGACGGUCUAUCUCGGACGAUACAAUACUGGAUCUAAGAAUAGUCUGACCGACAUCCCGGGAGUGCUAGUCUCUACGCAAUCCAUCCACUCUUCGCCAAAGUAUCCCAAUGCAGCACCAAACUCUAUCAACACUGGAGUGACUACCAUUCUGCCGCGCAAGGAUUGGUUCUCCAAAGCAUGCUUUGCUGGUAUAUUCCGGUUCAACGGAUCCGGCGAGAUGACAGGGACUCAUUGGAUCGAGGAGACGGGUCUAUUGCAUUCUCCCAUUGUGAUCACGGGAAGCUUUGGAGUUGGCUCUGCAUACAACGGGAUUUACGAACACGCCAUUCGUGACCACUCCGACGAGAGUGGGAAGGUGGAUUGGUUCUUGACUCCUGUAGUUGCGGAAACCUUUGAUGGAUUCCUGCACGACGUGACCAAAUUUGCAGUGACGCCUCAGCAUAUUAUCAAAGGCAUGGAUGAAGCCAGCGGUGAGCCCGUCAAGGAAGGAAACACUGGGGGUGGGACGGGGAUGUUGUGUCAUUGGUUUAAAGGAGGCACGGGGUCAUCCUCGCGCAUCGUACCCGCGGACAAUGAUAAGACUUAUACAGUUGCUGCCUUGGUGCAAGCGAACUACGGUGCAAUGCGAGAUUUUAAGAUAUCUGGUGCACCAAUCGGCCGGCUGAUCUACGAGGAGCAGGAGAGGAAAGCGAGAGAGAAUCCGGAUGACCCAGAGCUACUUGCACAAUCUCAGCUGCUGUUCCAGAUCGCAAAAGCAAAGGAUAAGAAGGACGGGAGCAUCAUCGUCAUCUUGGGCACCGAUGCACCCCUACAUCCUACCCAACUCCAGCGCCUUGCGAAGAGGGCGACGGUCGGCCUGUCAAGGGUCGGAGGCUGGGGUACAAAUCCGUCAGGGGACAUAUUCCUGGCGUUCUCGACAGGAAACCAUCUAGACGUGCAGACUGUGACCGCCAACAGCAAAAAGGUCAAUCCAUGGUCACCCAGGGAAGUGGGAAUCGAGAUGGUCGAUGAUCAGACGAUUAAUGCACUAUUCGAAUCAGCAGCAGAUGCGGUCGAGGAAUCGAUCCUGAAUGCAGUGUGUAUGGCAGAGACGAUGGCAGGACAUGGCGCGACUGUGGAGGCACUGGAUCUUGGGAAGGUGAAAGAGUUGAUGGCAAAGUAUUUGUAGAUGAUUAACAGAGAUGAAUGGAAUAACAUGUAUAUAUUAACGACAUGGACGUUCAGGAGAUGCAUUGCUUGUCUGUGUUAAGCCUUCUUGGUUCAUGUCUGUAACGCGAAGCGGGUAAGGCACU